UAGGUGACUUUGAGACCAUCGACACCUAUUCGCGACAUGAUAGAUUAGAAGUGAUGUCUCAUGAAUUACCUAAAAUUAUGGUCACCAAAAAUAGAAAGAGAUGGAGGGCUCCGUGCUGACUAUCUCUAUCGGCUCGUUUUUUCGGUGCAGUGCGCGUAUUAUUCCUGUUGUAUUAUUACUUUCAUGAUCACAGCUAAUAGAAACUCCUAAUUCCUUACUAUAUUAAUAGACAUGAAGAAUUAAUUAAUAGACAUAAUCAAACGGUCUCUUAUUUUCAGUUAUCUUUACUAGGUAUUUUAUAUUUGCCAUGCUAUACCUUGUUGGAUGGUGGAUUGCUGGUACUGCUGGACAGUGAAUGGGCCUAUAAUUUUUUUUAAAAACUUAUGUGUUGUCUAUGAUAUUACUUGAAGUGACGUAAAAAGGCGAAUGUGUUUGCUGCUGCCAUUUUUAUUUGGAUAAAUUUUGACGAAAAAGUUAAACAGGAAAAGGUGUGUGCAUACCCACAAACUGCCGCAGGUUAUGCGAAGAGGCACUUAUAAGUAUGUCCGCGUACCACGGAGCAGGCGGUAGCGGCACCCCGUGGGACGGCGGACCGCCGGGCGCCGAGGCGGAGUACCAGCCGGCCGUGCCGCCCGCGCCGCCCGCCACCGACCCCUGGACCGGCUACGCGUACCCCCCGGGCUAUGACUACAGCGGGUACGCCGCCGCAGGGGGGGGCUACGCGCCCGCGUACUACGACAGCUCGUACUACCAGGGCUACUACGGGGCGGGCUACCCCGCACCGCCCGCCUACAGCGCGCCGCCGCCCGCCCCCGCGCGCUCCCCGCCGGGCCGCCGCUACCGCACCGCCUCGCGCAGCGUGUCCCGCAGCAUCUCUCCCUACCUCAAGAGACCCAGCCGCUCCUACUCUAAGAAGAGAGAUAGCAGCUAUGAUAGAGAUCGUCGGAGUUACAAGGAAUCGAGGAGGUCCAGAAGUAGAUCUAUCCACUCUCGACCGAGGAAAUAUUCCUCCCAUUCCAGCUCCAGUUCCCGGAGUCGGUCACCCAAGAGGUCAAAAAGAAUGAGGAAGUCAUCCUCACAUUCAUAUACAUCUGAUAGAUCAUACAGAAGUUCCAGUAGGAAAAGAGGCCGGGACAAGGCAUUGAAAUCAAAGAGAAGGACUUCAACCAGCAAGAGUAGAUCAGCCACUAGAACUCCGAGCCGAUCGCACAGCAAGUCUCCUGUUGGAAGCUCUAGAAAGAAAGAUAAAAGACUGCGCUCAAUCAACACUCCACCUCCUAAAAAUAAGAAAAGAACUGAAUCUUCAGUCACUCCACCCAAAAGUUACAGGAAAUCUAGCAACACUUCAGCCACAUCCCGUAGCCGCAAGAGAUCUCCAAGUAAAGAUCUCACACCUCCAAGGAGCUACAAAACUAAAGAAAGAUCAACCUCUAGAAGUCGCAAGGGCCGCACCUCCCUGACUCCUCCUAAGAGCUAUGCUAAAGCUCGCAGGUCGUCGUCGUCCGGGUCCCGGUCGUCCAGCCCCGCGCGCACCCCGCCCCCCGCGCGCCGCCGCUCCCCCCGCAGCCGCUCCCCGCGCCGCCGCCCCUCGCCCGCGCGCUCCGCCUCGCCCGCCGUCAGCGACGAGGACGCGCGCCGCGGACAGUUCACCGUCGCCGACCGCAAGCGAUACUGGAAGAUACACAACCAGGGGGACAAGCGAGCGCGCUCCCCGCCCCGCGAGCCCCGCCCACCCCCGCCCGGCGCCGCCGAGACCACGCGCGCCGACGACGUGCAGUACGGGGACCCGCCCGACGUCGAGGGACCCAACUUCGCCGAGCUCAUCCCCACGCCGGCGCAGGCCGCGGCGCUGCCCGCGCGCGCCGCCCGCCCGCCCCGCGCCGCACCCGCGCUGCCCAUCCGCAACGACGGCAGCUUCCUCGAGAUGUUCAAGAAGAUGCAGGAGCAGACGGCGGGCGCGGCGGCGGCGGCAGGGGCGAGCGCGGGCGGGGCGGGGGGCGCGGGGCCGGAGCGGCGCCGCGUCAUGCCGCUCAUCGGCAAGCGGCGCGGCGGGCGCGUGCUGAAGACGGGGCUGGUGAAGAAGGCGCGCGCGGCGGAGGACACGGCCGCGGCGCCGCGCGACGCCUGGGCGCUGUACAUGCAGGAGGUCAAGAAGUACCGCGACACCUCGUGCGAGGAGGACCGCAAGACGCGCCCGCUCGUCAAGUAGCCGCGCCCGCCCUCACCCUCAUCUAUACCUAUUACACAUCCAUUAUCAUUUUGUACGCAUAAUUAUAAGUUUUCUUAUUUAAGAUCUUGUGACUAACAUUUUUGAAAUAUGCAUAUAAAUAGGAUGAGGUCGAAAUCUUUUGUUUUAUUUUGUAUCUGUUGUAUUAUUGGUAUUUAGAAGAUUAUUAUUAUUACAAUCAUUGUAUGUAUAAGUUUUGUAUGAAAGUGAAUAAAGAUCGUGUAAGUGAGAAUAUAUUACGUUGUUUGCAGUCAAAAUGCCAGAGAUGAUCAAAUCGCCCGCCGACAUCAAAACCGCUCCCUUCGA